CGAAUCACCACCACAAGUUCACCUCCACUUUCUAACCCUAUCCAUCCCAUGAAAACACAACAACCCAUUGGACGAAAUUAUCCUCCAAAAUGAGCGGCAGGCUCAUAUCCGCCCGUCUCGCCCCGCUCGCUCGCCACAUAAUCUCCAACACGCCACGCCGACCCUUUUCCUUCGUCUCCCACAAUAUCCCCGCCGGCGGGCUUCUACGCUCGGAUGCAGGACUUCGGCUGAUAAAACGACGGCCCUGGCCAGUGGGUAGCUAUGCGUUGCAUAAUGUACCCGCUGUACGGAAUAUUUCAUUUGCGAGAGUCAUACCGAAGCUUGUGACAAAGUUUGCGACGGCCGGAGCGGCGGCCGGAGGCGCUGUGUUGGCGGGGGCGACUUAUAUACAGUACCAGGCUGGGCAGGCCGGUGGCUAUGCACUUGAUCUUUUCCACAAGGCGAAGGAUGGCGCGUCGGGAAUUGCUAUCGAAGCAUUCGGCACGGCGACCGGAGUCUUUGAUCAGAUUGGACGAGGGUGGGAUAAGAAGAGGGAGGAGCUAGAUAAGGUCGAAUAUCCAGAAUGGCUCCAGCGGCUGAUGGCGAGAGAUGCGUCAUCGGGCUCAGGAGAGGGAAGCAACCGAGGUCCAAACCCCGAGCCUCCCAAACAGAGCGGCGCUGCAGUUGCGGCAGCUGGUGUUACGACAGGAGCAGCAUUUGGAUAUGGUUCGCAAGAGGAGGAUGAGGAUAAAGCUGAGGGAGAGAAGAUUGCUAGAGAUGAGCAGAUGAUGAUGUUGACGAAGAAGAUGAUUGAGAUACGGAGUCUACUUCAGACUGUUGGGCAGUCGGAUUCUCUCACACUGCCGUCAAUUGUCGUCAUUGGGUCACAGUCAUCUGGGAAGAGCUCGGUGUUAGAAGCAAUCGUUGGGCAUGAAUUCCUCCCGAAGGGAUCGAAUAUGGUUACGCGACGACCCAUUGAGCUCACGCUCGUUAACUCGCCCGAUGCGCACGCAGAAUACGGAGAGUUCCCGGCGUUAGGUUUGGGGAAGAUCACGGAUUUCAGCCAGAUUCAGAGGACGUUGACGGAUUUGAACUUGGCCGUGCCGGCGAAGGAGUGCGUCACAGAUGAUCCUAUUCAGCUCAGGAUUUACUCCCCGAACGUCCCGGAUCUGUCAUUGAUAGACCUUCCCGGAUACAUUCAAGUUACGGGGCGGGAUCAACCUCUUGAGCUGAAACAGAAGAUUGCGGAGCUAUGUGAAAAGUACAUCAAGCCCCCGAACGUAAUCCUCGCAAUCUCAGCGGCAGAUGUGGAUCUGGCAAACAGCACCGCUCUAAGGGCUUCAAGAAAGGUCGAUCCUCGGGGUGAGAGGACCAUUGGAGUCAUCACAAAGAUGGAUCUUGUGGACCCAGAGCGGGGGGCUAGCCUGCUUAGCGACAAGAAGUACGCGCUGCGACUAGGCUAUGUGGGAGUCGUUUGCCGGGUCCCCUCCACCACGUCCGGUCCAAAAUUAUUCAAUCGAGGGAGUGGGAACAUCACCGCUGCUAUCGCUAAGAACGAGAACGCUUAUUUCUCCUCACAUGCAGAGUUUGGUCCUGAUUCACGUCUAAAUGUCGGGACGAAGAAUUUGCGAAAGACUCUCAUGCAUGUACUUGAGCAGACCAUGGCUGCUAGCCUUAAGACUACUAGCGAGGCUAUAUCGCGCGAACUCGCUGAAGCCACUUACGAGUACAAGGUGCAAUACAACGAGCGGCCCAUCAGCGCGGAGUCUUACCUUGCGGAAUCUCUGGAUGCAUUCAAGCACUCUUUCCGUGGUUUCUCUGAGCAGUUCGGUCGCCAGCAAGUUCGCGAGCUGCUGAAGCAUGAACUGGAUCAGCAAGUUCUGAAUCUUUUGGCACAAAGAUACUGGAACCGGCCGUUUGAAGAUCUGAGCGUUCCGCUGCCGGAGGUCGACCCCCUGAGCAGUCUCAUGAAGGCCGACCCGGAAGGCGAAAAUUCGAUCUGGCAGAUCAAAUUGGACAACUCAAGCGCAGCGUUGACGAAACUGGGAGUUGGAAGGAUUGCUACAAGUGUCGUAGCUGACGCUCUCCAAGCACAUAUUGAUCAUUUGAUAUCGACUUCAAGGUUUUCGGCACAUCCUUUUGCACGCCAGGCUAUCACUGAGGCUUCAACAUCCAUUCUGAAAGAUCUCUCAUACGACAUCUCGGAUGAGCUAGAGAUUUGUAUAAAGCCGUACAAGUACAGGAUCGAGGUUGAAGAUCAUGAGUGGGCCAAAGGACGCGAGAAUGUGAUGAAUGCUCUAAGAGAAGAAUUGAAGGUCUGCGAAGCGGCGGUUAAGAAGAUGGAGGAGCAGAUGGGCGGCCGCAAGAAGGUUAGGGAUGUUAUGGCGUUCAUUGAUCGUGUGAGAAGCGGUCACGUCGUGCUUGAGGGCGAUGGCAUUGGUGGUGCAGGGGGAUUCAGUGCUGCUCUUUUGCAGAAAGGUCGAGAAGCAGUAUUCCUCCGUGAUCGGGUUGACGUACUAAAGAUGCGGCUCCUAGCUGUAAAGUCAAAACAGUGCAUGAACAAGAAGAACAAAUACCACUGUCCGGAAGUCUUUUUGGACGCGGUCGCAGACAAACUUACCACGACGGCGGAUCUUUUCCUCGAUGCUGAACUCCUGUCGAAAUUUUACUACAUUUUCCCAAGAGAACUAGAUGCCCGUCUAGGCCGUUCUCUCUCCCAAAACGAAGUCGAGCGCUUCGCCCGCGAGGACCCCAAGAUCCGGCGCCAUCUCGAAGUUGUGCGGCGGAAAGAUCUGCUCGAGCAUGUGUUGAAGGAGAUGCAAAGUCUGAGGCAGUUAGAAGCGAGAGAGAAGAGGUAUUCAGUGAGGAGAGACGAGGGGAAGGAAAGGCGGAAGGGAGGCUGGAGUCUGUUCUAGGAAUCCUAUGAAUAGCGAAUGGGGGAAGACAGAAAACAGACAGACAAUGCACCUGGCAAUUCACGAUUGACUGGCGUCUCGGUUGGAUUAGACUGUGGCGUUUUGGAGGCGGGAGGAUUGAGUUGGGGUCGGGGUGUUGGGGGUUGGGAUGAUACCUUGAUAGGAAGGAUAACGCUGCUCUCCUCUGAAG